ACACGCACACUCACACACAUGCGCUCUCUCUCUUUCUGUCCGUCUUUCUUUCUAUCUCUCAGUCAGUAAUAAUGGAGCCCAGCAGUCCGAAGAAGAUCCAGUUUGCUGUGCCUCCGCUGCAGGGACAGUUGGACCCACAGGCUGCCGAACAUAUCCGUCGCAGAAGACCAACUCCUGCCUCUCUGCAGAUCUACAGACAACCUGGCACAGAUGUCGGAGAUCAACACAAUGCGAGCGGGGAGUCGCAGGGCUCAGAAGCCUCUCAGAGGAAGCAGAGCACCUACGCCCCACCCUCCAUGAAAGGUAAGCUGAAAACUUCUGUACCUGAAGAGGACGAGGAGGAAACCAACACUCAGGAUGGCUGAGCCGGUAACCUCAGCACAGAAGAUGCUGCCAUCUGUAAUACUCUGGACAAACCAACAGACUGUGGCCUCCUUCUCAGGCAGAGCACCUAUAUGACUAGACAUUCAUUCAGUGGGGGAGUUGUAUCAAGAGACAGUUGUAAUCCUCUAACUAAAGUGGGCUGAGAAACUUACCAGCUGUAGUUAACUAACAUGGAAGUAGCCAUGGUGCAAAAACCUGACAGAUCUCACUUCGUCAACUUAACAUGACUCAGCAAAACAGACUACACUAAUAUAUAAACCCAAAGUUUAUUUCUAAACUGAAAGCAGACCGUUGUUUGCCCUGUCGCUCUGCUCACAAGGGUGGUGCAACAAUUUCUCAAAAACAACUCUGUCUAUACAACAGUUCAACAGUCUUACAGUCAACAUGUCAAACUCCUGGAGCAAAACUUAUUCUGCUGCUUUGUCAAUUGGUCACUAUCAUUAUUUAGUUAUUUUUUCUCCCCUAAAUUUCCCCCUAAGAUAGAAAUGUAGAAAAGUUUAAUUUUAUCUCUGGUCUAUUAGCGAGCGUCUACUAUCUGAGAGUUCAGUCAAUGUCAUAUCUGCUAUAAUUAGAAACCUUUGGCCGACCUUAAUUUAAGUUGCUUAAGUUUAGCAGUUUGAAGUUAUUAACUGUCUUCAUUUAAAGCUGCUGUUGGUAGUCGUGAUAUAAACAUCAGAUCUGAGAGAGAUUUCUAAUGUCAACACUACCCCUCCCCUCUCUGCUCCCGUAACCCCGCCCACAAAAGAUUGUUGUGCACAUAGACAUAUAAAGAGUAGAGUAGUGGCUGCUGGGGCGCAGGAAUAUGGCCGCUAUCUUGGUCCGGUCAUCCUACCCAUAAUCCUACCUGUAAACGUAAACUGAAGCAGCAGAUACUCCAAGAUGCCAGAGCACUGUGCGGCAAAAUAC